AGUCAGCUUCCAAGCUUUGCUGAAUAAAGUCGUGUUAGUAAUUAAAUAAGUAUCUAAAUACUGUGUUUAUAACAGCGAUAUAGAUUGUAAUUGCGGAUCGUGAAUUCAUUAUUAUGUGGAGUUGACACGGUAUAUACCAGAGACAACAAAAUGCUUCCAUAUUUGGUAUUUUCAUUAUUCUUGGUUUCCUGUACAGCGCAAAGAGAAGGAGAACCCUGUGUGGAUCAGUAUGCCAACACAGUAGGACGUUGUACGGUUGCUGAUCAAUGCGAAUCAGCCAAAAAUGACUUUCAGUUGAGUGGUAUUCGGCCUACUUUCUGUACGUAUAAUACUUUUGGCGCAACGGUGGUCUGCUGUCGAGAUGGGUCCUCUAUUUUGCAGUCGGCUACCACGAGAGAUCGGGAUCAAAGGCCUAUUUGGGGAACAGCGAACGGUGCAAAUGAUGGCAAAAGAGUCAGCGAAAGAAAAUGUGAAGAAUACAGCCGUGGUGUGGUAGAAAAAGUGCCGUACAUACCUCUGAUACCGGAUCCCGAACCCUUUUCCGUGACAUCGGCUAAAUGUGAUUAUACUGGCGUCGAACUUAUAGUGGGAGGCGAAAAUGCUAAUCCAGGAGAGUUUCCGCAUAUGGCAGCCAUAGGCUGGGCAGAUUUCGGUGGGACCUACAAAUUCAGCUGCGGCGGCAGUCUAAUCAGUCCGCGCUUCGUGCUCACAGCCGCGCACUGCAGUAGAGACCCGAACGCACAGACGCCGGAGCCCGUCAUAGUCAGGCUCGGAGACCAGAAUAUUGAUAACGAUGUGUAUGACGGCGCUAGUCCUGUCGAUGUAGCAAUCAGAACUAUCCACAAACACCCCGACUACGAUCCCCCGCGAGUCUACAACGACAUAGCCCUCCUAGAGCUGGUGACAGAUGUCAAGUUCAGAGCUGCUAUACGCGCCGCUUGUCUUUGGACGAGCGCAGAGCUUAGUGGCGUCAACAAGGCAGUCGCCACCGGGUGGGGCGUCGUGGAUACCCGAACAAAGCAAACAGCCAAGGAGCUCCAAAAAGUAUCGCUCUCUAUCUUAGACAAUGCAUUCUGCAAUGACACGCUGGUGUUAUUCUUCAACCGCAACUGGCACGGGUUUGAGUCGACACAGAUGUGCGCCGGCGAACUGAGAGGCGGGAAGGAUACGUGUCAGGGUGACUCCGGCUCUCCUCUUCAAAUAGCAUCAAAAGAGAACUCCUGUAUCUUCCGUAUAAUAGGAGUAACGUCAUUUGGUAGAAACUGCGCGGAAAAAGGCAGACCCGCCGUAUAUACCAGGGUAGCUAGUUAUAUUGACUGGAUUGAAAGCGUCGUGUGGCCGGGUGAAUAAGUAAAAUAUACAGUAUUAUGAAUUA